AUGCUACCGACGGAUGCGGCUGCGGCUGCGAAUGCCACACGCCGCCAUCAACAGGGAUGCCAAUCCACAUCCUCUCAGACGUCUGUCGUCGCAAAGGAUGGGAUGAACCGGAGUACUCAAUGGUACCCACUGCACCCCCUAGCAACCAAAUCCUCGCUGACAAUGACCAAGACACAAACUGCAAAUGGCUACCUAGCCACAGUAUCCAUGCGAAGUACAUUACCCAGCGGCGAAAGCAUCGUACUCCCCUUUGCGGCGCCGGAUAUUCUCCGCGCUGCGUUCACUGAUGAGGAGGAGGAAAUUGCGAAGAAUAAUAUAGCGGUGUAUGUCCUCUUCUGUAUAGGUGAGCAUAACUCGGAUUUGCCGCGGGGAUGGCGGGGCUUGUGGAAGAGGGAGUUUGAGAGGAUCAAGGCGGUUGAUGUUAAGGAGGGGAGGGGGUGGAUGUAUUCAGGGGAUUUGUUUGGGGGGUAUAGGAGGUGGCAGGAUUCGCUCUACGACGCUUAG